AUGGAGGAGCUGGACUUUGAAUUGCUAUUUGCAAAGGUGGAGGGUCAUCCACAGACUGGAGGUGAGCGCAGCAAGGCUCGGCGUCACCCUCCCACGGGCUGGUCCUCUGCCAAGGCUUCAUCAGCCUACUCCCGCAUGCUUGGCGACCAUGCGGCAUUUCCGAGUGCUGGAGGUGUGCAUGGUUCACCCACCGGUCGUGACCGCUUCGGCCAAUGCAAUGGGAGGUUAGCUUUUGUGAUAGACCGACUUGAAGCGCGGGUGCUGCGUGCUGGCCCACCUCCGAAGAAAGGGUCCAAACCACCAGCGCCAACUUUGCACCUCUACGACUUGGAGGACCCUGUCGAGCUGCCCGGUGAGCCGGAGGCCACAGAAGAUGGACCUUCUGUUCCCUUCCGCCUCACCGAAGCAAAGCUCUGUCACCAGCCUGUUGGUGAUCAGCCAUAUUUUGGACGGCUCAAUCUCAAGGUCACCAGCGUGACCACUACCACUGUCGCGCUCUUUGACUAG